AUGGAAAACCCUAAAACUCUAAUGGAUCUAUUCAAGCAACCUGCAGCAAAGCAGCUAAAACGGGUCUCCUCGCCAUUUUCCGCUGACAACUUCAUUUCCAGCGCCUUGUCAUCUUCAUUGUCGGGUGAAGACGGCGGCAACAAAGACCCCAAAGAUAAAAUGCUCACGUCCGAUCAAAAGUCGAGAAUGGAGUUCAAUAAAUCGCUUGCAAAGGCCAAAAUGAACCUCAAACUAUGCUCUGAUAAAAUCUCCAUGUUAAAUGCAAAUGGUGAUGGCAUAGGAUAUGUGAAGUUAGAGGAAUUGUUGGUUGAGGAGACAUGGUUGGAAGCACUGCCAGGGGAAUUUCAGAAGCCCUAUGCAAAGAACUUGAGCAGAUUUGUUGAAAAGGAUUUGAUUUUGAACCAAAUCCAACUUCGUUUUCCGAUCAGAAUCAGUAUCUGUUUUUUUCCUUUAAUGCAUACACAUUUGAUGAGAUAG